UAGAAGGGUGAGAGAACCUUGAUAACUUUAAGCUGCUUAGGCCACAAGACAACCCUGACCAAAUCACACACACACUUCAUCACCAUCUACAAAUAUCUCUUCCAUAUAAAUUUCCAGCUCAGAAAACACACAAACACACACACACACACACACACACACACAUAGAUACACAGUUCGACAACACCUUUACAUUUCACGUCUCUCUCUCUCUCUCUCUCUGCAAAUUCCUGGUCUUGUGAAAAUGGCGAGACCUAAUCAAGAAGCAAUCGACACCCUCAUGAGCAUCACCGGCGUAUCCGAAUCCCUCGGCCUUCAGAUACUCGAGGAGCAUAAUGGAGAUCUCAAUGAAGCUGUUAAUGCACAUUUCAAUGGAGGAGAAAGAAACACCAUACAUGGCACAUCUACUGCUGCUUCUCACAAUGAUGCCAUGGACAUAGAUGAACCUAUCCAAGUUGGGUCCCGGGGACCUCCUUUCUCACUUUUAUCUAAUACUAGAAAUUUUAAUCUGUUCUCUGUUCUUGAUCCUAACUUCAGUAGAAGUUUGUUUGAUGGUGGUCCUGAUUUUUCAAGCCGUGCACCAGUUGUUUCGCAUCCAAGAGAAGUAAGGGAGAUUCCUGUUGAGGUCAAGGAUGGGAGUGACCAAUCAGGUCAUUCUGUCCUCUCUCCUGCCAUAGGUGAUGUCACUGGAACUGCACAUGCACAUGGCCGUGAAAGCCAUGGGCCUGUCAUAAUUGAUGAUGACGAUAUUCCAACUGCUACCUCUGGAUGUACUGUUGGACAGAAUGAACCAAUUGAUGAUUUGUUGGGUAAUAGUUCUUAUGGCACUUAUCCUAGAUCAGGUUUUCAUGGGAUUGAUGAUUUGCCUGACUACCACAAUGACAUAGAAGAAGAAAUGGUUCGAGCUGCUAUUGAGGCUUCAAAAAGGGAGGUUGGAGAAGUUUACCUGGAUCAACAAUUUGGUGCUCAUGAUGACUUGAGUAAUCCUCGUACCCAACAAACUCAGUCUCGCGUAGCGGAUGCUGAGCUUGCACAUGCAGUUUCAUUGUCAUUGAAGACGGCGGAGGAAGAGAAAGCUUUGCGUGAACUGGGGGAGACAGUUGGAGCAUCAGAACUGGAAGCUUACAAUUCAACUGAGAUGGUUGAUAAGGGGAAAAUGCCAUCAUCAAGUGGAAGGUUGGAGGUGGGAAACUCAUCUAUUCAAGAUGUUGCUGAUGGUGUGGAAGGGCAGCCACUGGUUGGGAACACGAGUAGGCUUGUGCCUUCUGCUGUUGUUGACUCUGGCAAAGAAAUUGGAGAAGUUGAGGUUAGAUCACCAUCAAGUCCUGGACAACAUGAAAAUAUUAAUCAUCCACAGCAUUCUGAUGAGUGGGGAGGCAUCUCAUCUGAGGAACAUGAUGAAGCAAUUAUGCUUGAGGCUGCACUCUUUGGUGGAGUCCCUGAAGGAAAUGGAUAUCCUUCCUCCUAUGCACCUUAUCAGUUCAUGCAGAAUGGUUUAGAUAGAACUUUGGGCUAUUACCCCCAGCGAAUGCCUCGACCCCCCUCACCAGGUCUUGCUGCUCAGCGCUCAAUUAGGGAACAACAGGAUGAUGAAUAUCUUGCAUCGCUGCGAGCUGAUAGAGAAAAAGAACUGAAGGCAAUUGAAGAAGCUGAAGCUCGGCGUUUGAAAGAGCAAGCAGCUAGAGAAGCUGCUCUUGAAGAAAAAAAGCUGGAGGAGGAAAAAUUGCGUAGAAAGUUGGAAGAAGAACAGGAGAUGGAGAGGCAACUAGCGGCAAAGGAAGUUUCCCUUCCUCAAGAACCAACAUCAGAUGAUGAGAGUGCUGUAACUCUUCUUGUGCGGAUGCCAGAUGGAAGCCGUCGUGGUCGUCGAUUUCUGAAGUCCGACAAACUACAGUCCCUUUUUGACUUCAUUGAUGUUGGUAGAGGGGUCAAGCCCGGGACUUAUAGAUUGGUGAGGCCAUACCCUCGGCGUGCUUUUAGUGAUGGAGAGUGUGCUUCGACUUUGAAAGAACUAGGCUUGACCAGCAAGCAAGAAGCCCUAUUUCUGGAGUUGAUUUAGCUUGAAUUCUCCCGUAAAGCUGUAAUAGAUUUCAUUUGAGAAAUAUUAUAGACUACCUAAACAUAUACAUACAUUCAUACAUGGAUUGUGUGGGGAUUGUGAGGUUGUUUUGUGAUGUUUGGUUGGAAUAGGCUUCAACAGAAUUGUUAUGACUGAAAUGGCAGACUAGUCGAUGCUUUGAAAGUUUGUUGGGAAUGACUAUCUUAUUCAUAUUAUUGCCCGGCCAGGUCAUAGAGAUGGUCACAUUGUGUGAUAAGCACUGUGGCUCUGCAUGGCCUAUGUGCUGUAAUGCUGAGCCAAGGAUGAUCCGCCUUAUCUAUAGAAGCAGUCAGGUCAAAGGUAUGUAUGUGCAGUUUUAGUGGCAAGUAAAAUUAUAAAAAUUAUUUUGUUUUUGUAUAAAAUCAACCUUUUGUUUUUUGUA